AUGAACCAGAUCACCGAUACACAACCGGACGGGCAGGGCCAGGCACGACGCAAGGUGUGGAUCGACAACGGCAGAAGGGACGGAAAGCCAUUCCAGGCCCGGGCGGUACAGUCAUAUGGCCAGACAUUCAACGGGUUCAUGGAACGAAUGUUCAUGUUGAUGUACAUGAUGAGCCAGCCAGCACGGAUACCCGAGAUGUCGGGCAUCCGGCACCAGAACACCAUGAAUGGAGGGGUCAGGAACAUAUUGGCGCACAACGGCAUGAUGUGCGUGGUCACGUUAUAUCACAAGGGAUUCCGGUUGACGGGUCAGGCCAAGGUGAUUCACCGGUAUUUACCGCAUGCCGUGGGAGAGUUAUUGGUGUGGUAUUUAUGGUUGGUUUUGCCAUUUUGGCAGCAGGUUCAGGGUAUCGUCAAAGAUGCCGGUAUCCGCAGCCCGUUCAUGUGGCCGGAUGAAGUGGUACGCAAGGCAGAAGGCAGUAUCGUAGAGGAGAGGGAGGCAAGACGAGCGGCAUUGGAGAGGCACAGUCAGAAUGGCGGCGGCAUGCAUGAAGAAGACGAUGAUAACAGCGGAGGUAGUACAGAGAACCCGCAUGACCCCGAUAACCCCGCGAACGCCGAUGAUAUUGGGUUCCAGAGCUGGGUGCAGGAGCGGAAGUGGACAUCAGACCGGGUCCGUCGAAUCAUCCAACGGCACAGCAGGCGAUUAUUAGGCGUGACGUUAGGUAUCAGUUCAUGGAGGCAGAUUGCGAUCGCCAUAGCCCGUCGGUAUUUGAACGGUGCAUUUAAAGAGUCGACAUUGGAUGGGGAGGAUGAAGAUGACGAUUUGGAUGACAACCCGGUGGAUUUGCAAGCCGGGCACGCAACGCACGUGGCGGGCAUGGUAUACGCACGCGAGUUGCAGCAGGGAUUGUUCAGCACGGCAUCGAUGCGGGACAAGUUCCGAGCCGUCAGCAGGCAGUGGCACCGUUUGUUCGAGUUCCAGGACAGCGAGGAGAGUGGGGCGUCGGCCGCAACCCGGCGAAAACGAGCCCCGUAUGACACGGAGCGUGAGUAUAAUCGGAUGCAGCGGUUCAGACGAUUGCAGCAGGUCGAUAUUGCCGGUCAGUUACGGCAGAUGAUGGGGCCGUCGGCGGCGUUCCGUGGUCAGCAGGAGACGGUGAUCCGGGCGAUCAUACGGGGCGAGAGUCCGAUUAUCCAGAUCGCAGGCACAGGUGAGGGCAAGACACCGCCCGAUUUCGACCGCAGAUGA